AUGUCGUUGCGUCUUUCAAUUCACGCCCACUCUGUGUCACCUGUGAGCAUUAAUUUCGACGCCUUGGAGGCGUACGUCGCUGGACUUUCAGUGGAGGAGGCACUACAGUAUAUAUUAAAUGCAGAUGUGACAUGGCCCACGGGUGACGAUGAAAAGGAAUCUCAGAAGCAGCCCGGGAAUAUAUUUUUGGAUUCCCCGGUGCCUGUAGGUGUGGAAUGUUGGCGAAACCUCCAGAUGGAGGCGCCGCAGCCUCUCAGCCUCCCCGAUACCUGUAGGUUCUCACUCCCUCAGAUGGAAAUGACGGCUGAUACAGAGAGUGCUAAGCACGGCGACGAAGAGGGAGAGAAGAACGCCAAUGAAACAGGGGCCGGGAACCAUGGGAAUGAACUUGCGGUGGAUUCACGUAGUCUAAGCGCUUUUCUUGACCCUUUGAGUUCUACAUUUCAUCGAGAAUUUCAGCAGGCCCUCUCGGACAUGGUGAGAGGCGAACGCUCCAUUUUGCGUCAGGAGUUGGUGGAACAAUUUGUUCUUUUUGACAUGUUCCGUGAAAACUACUUGGCAACCCCCUAUGCCUUUCUCUCAAGGUACUCGAUUCCGAUGACAUUGAAGGACCGUCGGCGCAUGGUGGAGGUGUUCUACGGCGUCGACGAAAAGGUGCUAAAAAUGUUUUUUGGUGAUCGCAUGCACAAACUGGAGCUUGAACAAGAGUCCGAAAGCUGGUUUUUAUUUGGAGCACGUGCCAUUCGUAGUCAAAAUAUACAAAAGCUUAUAGAGGCAGGCAUCAGUGAAGGAUCUUUAAAGCGUCAGUGGGAAAAUCUCAAAAGGGUAUGCAAUUUUCUUGUCUCCGCCUAUCGUGGUCGUGAUGGGAUGCUGAUUCCAUACACCACACCUGUGCUCACCGCUCUUCAGCAGUGUUUUGCCCUGCAUGGAACACUUGGGGUCCAGUACGGGACUUUUGUGUUUGGCUUUGAGCAUCGACUGAGAGGGCGUUUCUGGACUCCGUUAUCGUAUGAAGAGUGCACCACCGCCUGCCAGGCAUUGUCUUUAUGGUGUGAUGGGUCGCAGCUGAAUAUCCGAGAGGACUUCUCUGGCGGAUGUGCCCGUAUCGCUCGUUUUUUAGACGAAUACCGUGUGGUGGCGGAAAUGCAUCAACUGAUAUUUGGAGAGGCGAUGCGCUCACGGUGGCAAGUGCAGUUUGACGAAGUUCAACGUGCAAUCACAAUUAACACAGGCGGAGGGACGAGUGGAAAUCCUCACGCAACCACUGCGGCUGGGACGACGAUGCUGUCGCCCACGACAAAUGUUUCACAUGCAUUGCUGCCACGCAACACAAGCACGGGGAAACUGGAUGGCGACGCGCAGUCAGGUUUUUCAGCAGCCUCGUCAGUAACUCCGAGAACACUUAGGCCACAACUCUCCUCCAUAUCUAGUCGCCCAUCAAGCACUCCGUCGCAUGCAAACACUGGGCCCUCAGGUAUUAAUAUCAACAGCUCCCCAGUUGUGUCACCCAUAGCCGCUGCUGCUUCCGCCACAAUAAGCAGCAGCAACGCCAAUAAUAAUGGCAGCACUCAAGCUGGUUCCGCUGGGGGAGGCGCGCAGGCCGCCGCUCCAAACCGCCUUCGUUUUUCUGCCAAUGGCGCCUUUACAAGAGCUUUUCUUCAGGAGUUUCCUUCUAUCAUGAGGUGCUUGUUUCGUAUGGCUACAACGAUUUCGAAGUCGGGGGAAAUAGAGGAAGCUUUGGAGCUUUUUUAUGGCCGUGUGUACAUGCAACUCUCGAACUUGGGUUACCGUUUGCAAAAUACACAGGGUGUAGAAAUUAGUACCUUGUCUCAGGAGUUGCCCUCUCCCGAGGUGGAGGGCUUUUCAGAGGUGGCGGAAUCGAAAUACGCGUGCAACAGUCAAAGAGGUAGCCGUGGCGAAAGAAGGGCCACCACCAACACCACCAACACCACCACCGCGGAGUUUGCAGGGGACGAAGUCGGCUCCACCGGCAACCCGGCAAAGGCGAAUCCAUCGGAGUGUGAGGAAAAACUGGAAGUGGUGGCGAAUGUGCUGAAAAACACCGUGGUCAACACUUCACUUGUGGGUCAUGCCAUCGCACUUUCAUCCCGGCGUCCGUGCACCCAUGUUUCUCAACAUCAAUCGCAGCCAGCGACUCAUAUUUUUAGUAGUCACUCCUCGGUGGCUGUUGACAGUCUAAUUUGUCUUCGUGAGCUGUGUCUGCUUUUAAGCAUGAUGCCCAACGCAUUUAAUAGCCUUACUACCCUUACAGAAGAGGAUCAUGCGGCGUGCGACAACGAGUUUGCCAACUUUGUUUUGGCCCUCAAGGUCCUGGUGCAGAUUCAUAUGGCCUCAGAUGACCUAUAA